CAACUGUGCUGAUAUUAUUGUUUUGUAACUAUGCAUAUUUGAGCACUAGUAUUACUACACUAGAACCUGUACCUAUUUCCAUAACAUGAAUCUUAAAGAAUCUGCAACAUUAUUGGCUAAAAAACAAGCUCACCAAAAUGUCAAUUUGAAGGGUCAACUUCAAAAGACGCUAUUAUUUGUUGGAUCAAACUGUGUUGGCAAAACAACUUUGAUUAAUCGAUUCCUGGACAGAAAUGAACCAGCCAAGAAAACACUUAGCUUGGAAUAUACAUUUGCAAGAAAAAUAGGAAGCCAUAGUCUUGUCAAAGAUGUCUGUCACAUAUGGGAGUUGGGCGGAGGUACUUUGUUCACAUCUGUGAUAGAGAAUGCAGCUUCUCUCACAGGCAAUGGACCUCUUGGGGUCGUUGUGAUGCUGGAUCUCUCCGAGCUAGACAAACUUUGGGUAACUUUGGAGACUUUGCUCAACAGCAUAAAGAAAAACAUUGCUCCUCUCCGUGAGCCCCGAGAGACUAGUGACCAUCCAGACGCUGCCAUCUUAGAGCCUUUCCCCGUCCCUCUCCUAAUCAUUGGGGGAAAGUAUGAUUUGUUUCAAGAAAAAGAGCCUGAGCGAAAAAAGAUUGUCUGCCGAUGUUUACGUUACAUAUCACACAUACUUUGUGCCACUUUGGUGUUUUAUAGUAGUAAAGAUGCUGCCCUCGCCAAAAGAGUCAAGGAUGCACUGAAUCACUUGGGGUUUGGUGCUCCACCUAUGAAAACGGUUUGUCAAGACUACAACAAACCGAUAUGUAUCCCAAGUGGGUCAGAUUUGCUGGAAAGUAUUGAAGGUGUUGGCGCUACUAAGGCGUCUUUGGAUAAGGUCCGUCAUGUUUUCACUACACACUUUCCUCAGAAUGAAAACACCUUGAAGACUUCAGCUGGAGAUGAUCCGGCCAAUGACUCCAGCUUUAGAGAGCCUUUGGUUGAUUCCCUGAGGAGACAGAAAGAUCAGGAGCUGGAACGGUUUUGUCAAGAGAUGGAGCGAAGAGAGAAUAGAAAAAUUUGAGUGAUUAGACUUAAAGUGGAAUGUAAACAGCG